AUGAUCAACAACGCUCUCCGAACACUUAUUUCCUCGGCGACCGAACAGUCUCUGGACGAUGUUCUUGAACACGAGUUCAGGACGGCUGUGCAACUGCAGCAGAUGGAUCAGUUCGAAUGGCACCAGGUAGAGGCAGAUCUUUGGAAACGUACCUGCCUUGGGCAUGAAGCUUCUGCUUCGUUCAACCAAAACAUUGCCCAUGGCCAUACGGAGCUUUCCUUAAUGACGAGCUGGCGCGUUCAUCAGCCCAGUUCAUCGCGCAUCACUGGUUCCGAGUUGGAACUUGACCAGCUGGUCGCGAGGGUUAGACAGGCCUGGAUCCAGGCGAGGUACUUGCGGCCCGAAGUGGGUGUCGAGUUGGACACGCACACGGACCCAACAGUUGCACAGACCAUGUGCUACCGCCUGCUACGUGACGAAGAAUCGAUUCAAGAGUGGCUCGACGAGACGUUUGUGGUGAAGCGUCUAGGCGAUCCCGGUGUGGCUACGCCGGCCGAACUGUGCGCAUACACGUACAAUCGUCCUCUUGCCACCAAGGGAAAAAAGUCGAUGCUCUACCUCAUUCUUCCCAGGCUCGAUGACGAGCAACGCACUGCGUACACCAUCUGGAAUGUGUCGCAUGCCGUCACGGAUGGCGGAAGCCUUGCCGAAGUUUUUAACACGCUCUUUCAGUGCGUCAUCGAUGCUACACCCUCGGAGCCUUACGACUCGAUCUACACGCCAAGCGCUUUCGAGCUCAAUGUUUUGCCCCGGAUGCCGCGCAGCGUGGUGAUGGCGUAUCGACAGCAGUACCAGCCCAAGCCUGAGGAAAUCGCAAAGGCUCACAAGGUUGCCGAAGUCAACAUGCGAAUGAUCACAGAAAAGAUGGGUGAAUCUUUGGCACUCAUGCCUUCAACUUCGUGGCCGGAGCGCAAGCACGAGACUGUCUGCCUGUGUAGGGAGUUGGAAGCAAACGAGGUUCGCGAGCUGCUCAAGUUUGCCAAGCAGGUUCAUUCGGGUAUCACGUACCUCGCAUCAGCAGCCACGAUUCUGUCAGCGGCAGAGACGUUCCCGGAGCGCAAGGCUUCGAGCAAAGGCGCGCUCGUGGGAAUGGUACGCAAUGCUCGACGAUGGAUCUCUGCGACGCCUCUCGAUGCAAGUUUGGGGGCGUCGACGCCUCUUGGUUCGGACGCCGUCUUCCUCUGGGUGCCUAUCGACACACACAAGACACUCGAGCCUAGUUUCAGCAGGAUGCAAGAGCUUGUGACUACGGCGCGUCACAUUCGCCACGAGCUUGAUAAACACUUGACUACUCCUCACUGCAUCUCGUCCUACCCUUACGUGGCGGAGAGCUCCAUCCAGGGACUGAACCAGCAGUGGUCGCAAAUCAAGGCAGUACAGUCACCAAGCUCAUCAAGCAGCCAAAAAGAGAUUGCUGGCAUCAUCGGUGCUCAAGCGCCUGGCUUUUCGAGUGUCGGCAUGAUGAGGAUUCGCCCACGUUUCGAGCCCGUGUCGGCCAACGCACGUGCCUCUGGCUUGUGGCUCGAACGAACCGACUUCACGCAUACCGGUCGACAGAUCAACGCGUCUCCGUGGAUCAGCAUGUUUAAUGUUGAUGGCAGGAUCAAGUUGCAACUUGGCUUCGAUACCAAGUUCCACGAGGUGGAAAAGAUGAACCAGUGGCUUGACCGCACGGUUGUCUGGAUGCGAAUUUGCGCCGCAGCCGCCGCCACCACUUCUACUUCGGUCUCUUCUACGUCGGUCGAUGCGACCGCUCCUGUGUUUGCUCGUCUCUAG